AUGGUGGAGGUGUUGCCGCAGCUUUGUGCAGCCGGAGAGAAACAUACAUUGGUCGCUAAUGUCAUAUUUCAUUUCCUAGGGUCGAGCAAUCGACCAAGUGAUGCUAUGACCAGGUACUUCACGCAUGGGUUCAUGGAAGCGUUGAACUAUGUUUACUCUGAUAAGAGCUUUCUAGAACCGCCGCUUUCGGUAUCAUCUACGCCACACGCAAGGGAGCUCAUAUUUGCUCCACUGAAUCGGAAACUAGUCAAAGAGGUUAGCCCUGCCAUGCAUCCUCAACCGCUAGAAGCACUAACCUCAGGUGUGGAGGAUGCUCUACGAAGGUUUGCAAUGUACAACACACGUGCCAAGGAAUAUGUAUGUGUUAACGGUUUAUUCCGUUCUGUGGGUGCCAUGGAAUUUAGUAAAUCUUUGAGAGUGCUGAGGCUUCAACAUAAACUUUCCCAUGGUCUCGAGGCACAAACUGUAAACGAGUUUUUCGCAGAGAAACUCAGCGAAGACUCUGACCUGGCACGACUUGAGGCAGUAGACAUGACAAUGUUACUAUUACACCAGCUGGACAAAGACGACCUAUACUACCCUUUUGUUCCGGGAUCAUGGAGGCCUGCUGAUGUGCUGAAAAGCGUUAUAGAGGCGGAAUCUAGGGUAUCACUUGAUUUAUUCUUUUCUAAGGCACCUCAACAGGCAAAAGCACAGGCUUGCGAUAUGAUGAGGACUACGGAUAGGCAUACUGGCCUUCUGAAAUACCCAUGGGCAUAUAUAGAGUUGCAAAGGCUACUCUCAAGCCGUCCCGGUAGUGCGUUGGUCGAAGAUGCUUCUGGAACCACUGCAGGGUUGGACCUUGCUGUAGAGGACUUCGAGUUACAUAGGACAGUAAAUGGGAUUGAUACGCCACAUGUUGUGGACACUAUAGCUGAUGUUAGAUAUGUAUUAAAGGUGCUCAGGAACUAUGCGCAUAAACAUGCCGAGGGGCAUGACUGUCUAGUGGCGGUGCAUGUCGAGCGUGACGCAGCAUCGCUUUCCACUACGAACCAUACUUUCAUCAUUGACCUAUUCGUCACCGAUCCGUUAUAUCAGAGGACUCUAUUUGAUUUAUUUGCGUGGUUGUGGUCUAAUUCCUCUCUACUUAAGGUUGGAUACAACCUAUUGCCAAAGGUGGCCAAACUGGCCACUCAGUUUAACCGGCCGUUCACAGCUUUUAGCAACAUGAUAGACCUCAGGAAUAAACGUGUAAAGGAAGAAUUAGGGGCAAACUCCACCGUUCGGUUUAAGGCAGCUGGUAUUUCCAAAAAUCUCAGAGGGCUAAUGCAGGAGUACAAUAUUACAUUGAUACCGUUCAAUGUCUCAUGGACCGGUCAUCAUCGUCCUAUAUGUUCUGCCCGGUGCAAGUACAUGGAAAAUCUCUCGACUGGCAUCUUAAGCAUAGAAGAGCGACUUCGUGCUGAUGGAUGGUUCCCUACAGAUUGCUGUGAUCUAGAAUCGUAUACCAAUGAACGUGCUUGCGAAGAGUAUGAGCAGCGCAUCCAAGAUGCGCUGCUCUGA